GCAACUGCUGACACGAACGCAGAGCGGAAAAAAUAGAUGAAAAAACCCCAAUAAGGAGUCGCCUAUUUUCACCAUUCUAAGGGCUUCUCAAUCGGAGAAAGUUACCUACCUUGCUUGACACCUUGACGUUUUGCAAAUUGAAAGUUUUCGAACUUCCCCCAAUUUUCCACCCCAUUCAACCUGCCCCAAAUGCGUUUUUUGUGGUUUGUGCUGUUGCUGGCUUUCGUUACCUGUGGCCCAGGUGUUUCAGCUUUGCGUUGCUACAAAUGUGAGGACUGCGAUGAAAAUACCCAACUAAGCGACAUGGAAAUGUGCGAUGGCCCACUUAUGAGUGGGAAUGGACAGGGCACACCUGCCGGUUUCAGUCCGAGUCCGAGUCCAGUACCAGGAGGAGCUCCUUCUCCAGCUCCUCCUGCACCUUCUCCUGCUCCUGGCGCCCCCGCCCCUGCUCCCUCCCCCUCCGCUCCCUCCGAUGCCAGCGAAGAGGAGGACUAUGAAAGCGAGGAGCCGGCCACCGUAGGCAUAAUGGCAGCAGGAAACGGUGCUGGAGGAGCAGGAGGAGGAGCAGCUGGAGCUGGAGGAGCAGCAGGAGGAGCAGCUGGAGGAACAGUAGGAGGAGCCUCUGGAGAAGCAGGAGUAGCUGUCAGCGAAGAGGAGGAGGAAGAGGACGAAGAGGAGGAGGAGGAGGAACGACGCAAGCGGAGAUCGAUUGCCCGACAGGUCGACCUCGAUAUGCCAAUCGCCUUCUGCUACACAGUGAGGCUCAACCUCAAUGAAUCAGUGAUCACCAAGAGGGGCUGCACCACCGCCAGGAUGAGCAAUCAGACGGGUGGAUGCGACGGUCUCUUCGAGAACUGGACGGUGGCAGGAUGUCAGCUGUGCCAGGACGACGGAUGCAAUCAGCCCAUCACUGGAUCUUCCAGCAGAAAUAUCGGACAGUCCUGGACAUUUCUAGCACUCACGCUAAUGGCAUUUAUGACCCGCUAUCUGGGCAAUUGAUUUGAUAUAUAGAAAUACAUUAAUAUAUUACCCACAAAGUUUGA